UCUAAGUAACACAUCUAAAAACAUCACGGGUAAAAAAGAUAUUACAAGAGCUAUUCGGGGUGACAGAGAAUUUCUUAAAAUAGUAGAUGAAGAAAGCGUGUACUACAAAAAACAGAAUUUCCCACCCAAAAAUUAUUGUAAACCAUAACCGCCAUUACAUUCAUUGUAACAAACUUUGCAGUUCGCAUUUAAGCUUCAGCCUUCAAACUUACAUCUCCAAAAUCAAUCCGCCAUUAGAGAUGAGUACUCCAACUAAAGAAGCUUCUACAGUGGAAGAUGAAGUUUCCGCUGAUGAGAAAGAAGAUUGGAUUCCAAAAGCCACUGAAAUGGUGGAUUGGCUUUACGAUUUUUGCUACCAGCAUUACCCGACACAUCCACCAGAGAGAAUCUCUGAUAUCGAACAUCAAAUCAGUUCGUGCAUCAAAGUUCUCGAUUUAAUUCCUCAAGAAAAGAGGCAAUCGGAACAUGAACGUUCAACAUUCGCGUAUCUAAAAGGAAGGUUGUAUAAUGCAGUUCCUGAUGUUUAUAAGGAAGAAGCAGAGCGUCAUCUAGAAGUAGCUACUAAUUUGAAUCCGCUUUUUCUGGAUGCUUGGAAUCACCUCGGCAUGUGCGUUGCUAAGAAAGGAGAUUAUCGUAGAGCUAAAAACUGCUUCGAGUUUGUUCUUAAAAUGGAUCCAACUAGCAUGGUUUUACGUCAACUUGCAGAGCUUGAACUGUUGUUUUCACCAGGUGCAAUGCCAUCAACAUGA